AUGUCUUCCACCAAGGCUGUCCUGUCCGCAAACCCCUACACCGAAAUACAUACGGUCCCCAGCCGCUGCAUCUGCACCGCGGAGUCCAAGACCGGGAACUACUGGGACGACGAGCCUCUCCGGGCGCAAAUCCUCAAGGCCCAGGAAAACCAACAGAAGGAGUGGUGGAUUCCCCGGCCCGGGCAUUCCCUGGAGCUGUGGGCGCAGCUGCUCUGCGACACGUUCGGGCUGGCCGGCGACGGAGAGGUCCUACCCGACAAGCUGGACGACACGCUGCCCGCGAACGUGGUGGCGGCGGAGAUCUACAACGCGCGGUACCCGUUGACCGGCAUCGUGCGAUACUUCCGGCUCUCGGAGUGCGUCCAGAGGCCCCUUUGGCGCUUGACGGACUGUGCGCUCGUGGUGAUCGAUCUGGUCCCCGGGAACCAUUCGGAGCUGGUGCGUGAGGCGUUCCCCGAGCGCGCGAGGACACUGGAUCGUCUCAUCUGGAACAGCACCCACAAGGAGGAGGAGCCAGAGGAGCAAGGCGAGGAGGAGCAUGAAGUGGAGAAGGAGCCGGUGAAGUCAUUCGUCGAAUACCCCUUCAUCCGCGUCUUCUGCGCCUGGGGCGACGAGGAGCGCUUGGACCCGUCGCUGGACGAGGUCAAGGAACUCGUCGCCCAGAUGGGGAUGAGGGACGAAGCGCGCAAGACGUGCCGGGCGUUCUUCCUCGCCAAGUGCUCCAGGGUCGGCGUUUACACGUGGGAUCGGAGUGUGGUUCAACACAGCCCGACGAAGGAUCCCGCCUCGCUGCCACUGCGCAUUCACCCGGAGCAAGGGGAUGAUCCCUUCCUUUGCCUGGUGGAUGACCGUGAGCGGGUGUCGAAGAUCGUGCAGCAGCUGUCGAGAGAGGUGCGUGCGAUCUGUAAGCUGGCGGCAUUCUGGACUGACGUAGCCGAGGGUGCAGAACAUCAUGCUUGCAUCGUCCCAGGCAAGAGUCUAUGCUCUGCCAAUCUGCACGGAGACUUGUCCAAGACAUGCUUUGUUUUCAAGCCAGUCGUGACUGAUAGCUUUCAGGGCUGCUUCUGGAGGUUUGGCUAG